AUGGCAACGGCCUUCAGCAGCGACGGGGAGGCCGCGCUGCGGCGGGAGCUGGGCCCGGCGGCGGCGCCGCGGGGGGACCUCGACGGCUUCUACGAGAUGGGCCGCGCCGCCGCCUUCGUGCGGGGCGGCGGGUUCCGCAAGGUCGCCCUCCAGUUCCCCGACGAGCUCCUGGCGGACGCGGCGGCGGUGGCGGCCCGGAUGGAGGCGGCGACGGGCGCCGAGAUGUACGUCCUAGGAGACACCACGUACGGCAGCUGCUGUGUGGACGAAGUGGCCGCCGAGCACGCGGGUGCCGAGGCGGUGCUGCACUACGGCCCAGCCUGCCUCAGUCCCUGCGGAAAGCUACCGGUGCUGCACAUCUUCGGGCAGCAGCCCCUGGACAUCGGGCGUUGCGCAGAGGCCUUCCGGGAGCUCUACCCCAACCGGCAGAGCCGUGUGGUGGUGCUGAACGAUGUGGUCUAUGCCCAUGCGAUGGGUGAGCUGGAGCAGCAGUUGUGCCCUGAGUACCCUAAUAUCGUCUUCUCCAGGGUGGUGUGUGAGGACCCUCCUGGCCCCACGCCACGUGGGGAGGUGCGGCAGUUUGGUCGCCAGUUCCUGGUGGAGGCACCAGGAGGGUUGCAGGACUGCUCCAUGUUCUACGUGGGAGCCGAGGGCCUAGCCCUCACCAGCUUCAUGCUGACCUGGAACCGCUGUCCCUUCAGCUCCUUUGACCCUGCCACAGGCUGCGGCCGCCACGAGACCCUCAAUGUCAACCGGGCCCUGAUGCGACGCCUCUACCUGGUGGAGCGGGCCCGGGACGCCCGUGUGGUGGGCAUCCUGGUGGGCACCCUUGGCGUGGUGGGCUACUUGGCUGUGCUGCAGCACCUCCGGGAGCUUCUGCGCCGGGCCGGCAAGCGCAGCUACACGCUGGCUGUGGGGAAGCCGAACCCUGCCAAGCUGGCCAACUUCCUGGAGGUGGACGUCUUUGUCCUGGUAGCCUGUGCUCAGAACUCCCUGCUGGACUCCAGUGACUUCUACCGGCCCGUUGUGACGCCAUAUGAGCUGGAGCUGGCCUGUAACCCAGCCCGUGAAUGGACAGGGAACUACCUCACCAAUUUCCGAGACCUGCUGCCAGGUGCCUGCGCGCACGUUGAGCUCCCACCGGCCAUCCCUGCAGCGGAGGCUGUUCCCGACAUCUCACUGAUCACGGGGGAGCUGCGCGCCACUCAGCUCUGCGAUCCUCCGGCUUCCCAGCUGCCCACCAGCACCACCCUGGCCUGCAGGGACCAGACGUGGGCCCUCACGGAAAUCAGCCCUGCUGCCUCCUUCCUGGAGUCUCGCAGCUGGCGGGGCCUGGAGCAGCAGCUGGGGCAGACGCCCGUCUCCAAGGCUGUGCCGGGCCGACGAGGGAUUGCCAUUGCCUAUGAGGAUGAGGGGCGUGAGCAACCCUGAUUCGGCAGCAGCAUUGGCACCCAGCCAGGAGCAGGGCCGUGUGGGGGCCCAGGCAUUGCCUGCCACUGAGUGUUGGACCCGUGAGGGUCUCACAAGGGUCCGGACCUGCCACCUGCUGGCCCCACACUGGCUGCAGCCUUGGACCAGUAGUGCCGCGGUGGGAGAGCAGGAGUUGGGUGUGUGUUCGGGGAUGCCUGUGGCACCCUGGAGUU